CAGUCUUCGUAUAAUUUCAUGAAAUAUUUCACGGAAAUUCAUCAUCUUUCACAUUUUUCAUUUACGAACCCUGGGAGAGAGAAACAACCCCCAGUUCCAAACUGAAACGAGCAUGAUAAGAGUGAUCUUCGAACGACCCAUAUUGCUCCAAACAUGACGUCAUCUUGGUUCAGGGUGGAGAGAAAGGGAGGCGGUCCUCUGUGACGUCAGAGAACCGUAAACUCGCGCUCACCCUACCAUCGUACAGCCCGCAAGAUAUUGAUUCCAAUUCGUUGCGUGAACCUUUUAAACCAGAUGAUACCGGACCACACGUGAUCAGUCUUUUACAUCAGUCAUAGAACUUUUGAGAAAGUGCGUCCUGAUUCAGUCUAUAGGUAGGUAAGUUAUGGAAGAAUAAUCGUCUGAUCUCACCGAAUUAGGAUGAAUGAUGAUGAAAUCAAUGGGAAUUCGAGCACAUCAGAAUUUUCAAUCGGAAAUAUAUCGCUGAGCAAUGAUGAUGUCUCCGAGUACACUGAUGCAGACGAGUCCAUAUCAGCCCCGACUGAGCUUCUGUCUGAAUUUUUAUCAUCUGUCAUGAUGAAAAACUACCAUUCAGCAUUUAAAUACUGCAAG